AUGAUCGCCCCAAAGGUCUCUCGGACCAACUCCAUUCAAGAAAUAAAAGAUCUAGAAGAGCCUUCAAAUAAUCUGGGAGAUAACCAAACAACUUUUUAUAAUAUCGAUACAGAUCGAGACAACAAGACCCCCAAGCCUGCACUCAACUUUCGCAGCAAAGUUGUCGAAAUUCUUGAUUCCUACUACAUGAUGUGCUUUAUGGGCGUUUUAUCAAUUUGAACAUUAUUUGGUGAUGAUAUUCGUACAGCCGCUUGCACAAAAUCAGAUGACGAUACUUUCUACGCAGUUGCAACUGCUUGCUUUUCAGUUUUUGGAUUCGAAUUUCUUGUAUGUUGUGCAUGUAAGGACAAGUAUAUUUUCUCCUUCUAUUUCUGGCUUGAUUUGGUAUCCACACUUUCAUUAAUUCCUGAUAUAGGAUGGAUGUGGGAUCCAAUUAUAGGAGUUGACGAAAAUGAUGAAGGAGGCGAAUCAGUCUAUAAGCAAGCUAACCAGCAGUCAAGCUUCGCUACAAGUGCAGCCAAGGUGCUAAGAAUUGUAAGGCUGAUAAGGCUGAUUCGUAUUGUGAGGCUUUAUAAAAGUGCAUCCUCGGCUAUUGAGAAGCAUGAGUCAGAUAGUGAAGAUGAAGAAGAAGUCAUAAUUCCCAAGGAAUCACAAGUAGGAAAAAGGCUCAGUGAUUUGACUAUAAAAAGAGUGAUUAUUAUCAUUCUAUGUCUGUUAUUUAUACUCCCGUUUUUUGAUACUGAAAUGUAUUUAACCAAUUAUACCAGCUGGGACUAUGGGAUUCAAGAAAUUGAAGCUUUUAAAGGGAACACUGAUGUAGCUACAGUUAUAAAUGAGUACAUCUCGUACCACGAAGACGACAGAAGGCCAAUUAUAUAUUUCAUUAUCGUUGUACCAAAAAUUCAGUUGUUUUACAGUUGGUCCAGCUCUACUCAAAUAUCGGACUUACGGUAUAAUGAGAAGCAUUUUGCAACUGGAGACUUUUCAGUUGCGGUGUUUGACCUGAGAGAAGACACAAAAUUUGCAGCACAAUUAAAUAUAUGCCAAACAAUUUUCAUUUGCAUUGUACUGACCUUAGGGGCUAUUUAUUUCUCAAAAGAUGCGGAAGAUCUUGUUAUUAAACCGAUCGAAAAAAUGGUCGAAAGGGUGCAUUUCAUAGCAAAAAACCCUAUAUCAGCAGCCCAUAAGAGGCACGAGUCUGCAUAUGAUGUAAUUUUAAAGCAAAAAAAGAAGUUUUUAUGCUUCAAAUUAAAAGACAAUGAAGAUAAAGCUAAAUUUGAAAUCGCUCUAUUAGAAGAUACCAUUAUAAAAAUCGGUGUUUUAUUAGCGCUUGGCUUCGGUGAAGCUGGAGGUGCUAUAAUUGCAUCAAAUAUGGAAAAAGGUGGAGAUCUAGAACUUGUAAAGGGUAAUAAAAUUGUUGCAGUUUUUGGGUUUUGUGAUAUAAGAAACUUCACUGACUCUACAGAAGAGCUUCAAGAAGCUGUUAUGGUUUUUGUCAACGAAAUCGCGCGAAUUGUCCAUUCAAUGGUUGAUACUUAUCACGGAGCUGCCAAUAAAAAUAUUGGAGACGCAUUUUUACUUGUAUGGAAAUUUUCAGAAAAAGAUUUUGCAGCUACAAAUGAUGGAGGAAUCCAAGCAAACCCAGACUCAAUGAAAGCUAAAUACAUCCCCGAUUUAGCCUUGUUUUCAUUCUUGAAAAUUUUAGCUAAAAUUAAUAAAGAUCCGGUGAUCCUCAAAUAUAGAGAGCAUACCAAGCUGAAUUUAAGAAUGCCGAACUAUGAAGUAAAAAUGGGCUUUGGGCUGCAUAUAGGCUGGGCUAUUGAAGGAGCUAUUGGAAGCCAGUUCAAAAUUGAUGCAAGCUAUUUAUCACCACAUGUAAACAUGGCAUCAAGAUUUGAAGCUGCAACAAAACAAUAUGGAGUCCCUCUAUUAUUUAGCGGGUCUUUAUAUGACUAUUUGAGUCCUAAUGUUCAAGCUUACUGUAGACAUAUUGAUACAGUAACUGUGAAGGGAAGUAUUCUUCCUAUCAGAAUCUAUACAAGUGAUUCCGAUUUUUCUGAAUUUACACCAUCGAAAGGAAGGGAGAGAACCAAGCAGCAGUCAAGGCACAAGAGAAGAAUUCUUGAGAAAAAAUUGGAAAGCGAAACGUUGAAGUCUUAUGAACUUUAUGAGCUUUCUAACUCCCCUUGGUUAGCAAGUAAAGAGAUUAGAAUAAUACCUGUUUUUCGAAAAUUAUUGCUAGCAAGCAAAAAAUUACAUAUAAUAACUUGAUUUAUAAUUAAUUUAUUUCAAAUAUUUAAAAUAUUCGAUUUUUAAUCAGGAUAAAGUUCUUUGUAUAUAAUUUCAACAUAAACUUUAAAGAAGAUCAGGCAUUUGCUGGCAGAAAAAUUUUCUCGCUAACCAUAGAGGAAAUAAGGAAAUUCAAUUGAUGAAAAAGCCUUUUACAAGAGAAUUUUACAGAGUUUUUGCUGAUGGAAUGAAAGGGUAUAUUGAAGGGAAAUGGAAUGAUGCUAAAGAAAGAUUUGAAGAAUGCUUAAAAUUGAGGCCAAGAGAUGGGCCAUCUCUAACUCUUUUAGGAGUUAUGUCAGAGUGUGACUUUGAAGUCCCGAAUGAUUGGAAAGGCUAUAGAGUUUUAACUGAAAAAUAA